AGACAGAGACCCGCCUCCUGCUUGUGAUCAUUCUGUUUCCAGGCUGCUUCCUGGAGAGAAAGUAGAGGCAGGAACAAGUACAGCAGAAGAGCCAAGAGCUGCACUGAUCAAAUUACAGGCUCACUGACAGUUUGAAUUCCAUUUGAAUUUCCCGCCCACACCCUGGUUCCUGUUCAUGAGGGACGGGAAAGAAUUUUCUUAACGUUGAGCUCUGAAAACACUUGGCUGAAGGCAAGUUGGUGGCUCAGGGUCCUGCUACUCUCCAGGCCCCCCCACACUGUCAGCACAGGGAGAAAACGGGCAAUGAAUAACUUUGAGGAUGAACUUACCUGUUCGGUCUGUUAUAAUAUCUUUGAUGACCCGCGAAUCCUGCCAUGUUCACACACAUUCUGCAGGAAUUGUCUUGAGAGAGUUCUACAUUCCUCAGGCAGCAGACUAUGGAGGACAUCUGAUGCCCGGCUUAAAUGCCCAUCAUGCCGAAACACUUCAGAACUUACAGGAUCAGGAACUCUUGCACUACCCAUAAACUUUGCACUGAAAUCCAUUGUUGAAAAGUACAAAUCGGAAAACCACCUCAAAACUGCCACCUGCCCGGAGCACAAUAAACAGCCCUUAAAUCUUUUUUGUCUUAAAGAUAGAAAAUUGAUCUGUGGCCAAUGCCUUACAGUAGGGCAACACCAAGGCCAUGCAAUUGAUGAUCCAGAAAGUGCCUACUUAAAAGAGCGUCUGGCUGCCUCAAAAUAUCUCCACAUCCUGAGUGACAAGCACUUCACCGGUGUUUCCUUUGUCAUUAAGAAGCUAGAAGAACAAAUGAAUUAUUGUAAACAGACAGUUCUGGAUGAUAAAAAAGAGGUGAUAGGUUUUUUUGACCAGUUAAACGAGACGUUGGAGCAGAAGAAACAAGAUAUGCUGGCUGCUCUAAAUGAUUUCAAUCAACAAAUUGUUGAGGUGUAUGCGCCACAGAUAGAGGAGAUGAAGGAGAUUCAAGAUGAAGAGCUCGAUCUCAUCUCUCUGAGCAGCUCCGUUCAAGAAGAGACAUCCCCUCUGCUGUUUCUUGAAAACCUUCAUAAGAUACGCAAAAGGAUGAAAGCCCUGAAGAAGCGGGAACUUGUAACUGUCCACCCUGUUGCUGUCCACCCUCGAGCCAGUCAGUUUCUAAAUAACAAAUGUCUUGGUGAAAUCAAUCUGAUGACCACACCAACAAUUAAUCUCUGCUUCGAAACGCAUGAAAAAUCCUUUACCCCUCAAGAUAAAUGGACGGUUCUUUGUAUUUCACUGAUGAUCUUAUUUGUUGUGCUGAUGUUGGUUCUCUGGCUGUAUGACACCGACACAGUAAAUCAUUUUUCUUCUAGGUACAUAUUAUACCUCUCUGAAAUCAUGGAGCCCGUCAGGAAGAGUUUGGGCAGUGCCGUGUGGUCUGUACAGAAAGCAGGGCUGAAUAUCUGGCAUCAGUCAGAAGUUUGGUUAUCACGUUUGUUGUGAAAUAAUAAGAAUUCUUUCUAAAUACACUCACAACCUAUGAGUUCAGGCUUCAUUAUAUAAAACUAUACAUGUUCUUUUAUGUUUUAUAUAUAUGACAUUUAUACACUACAACUUCCAUAUAUAUUAAUGGCAUUGACACUCUUACUUUGGUAACUCUGCUAAAAAGCUAUUUUUUUUUCUUAUAUUACCAGACAGACAAAAUUGGGAGCUACAGUAUAUGCCCCCUUUAUAAAGAUUAGGAAACCUUUUUCUAUUCCACUUUAUAGGAAUGGCUGAUUAGUUUAGACUUUUCUAACAUUUCUGCAGCACCCAUUCCUUUUUUAUACCAUAUAGCAUGUUUUCCUUUUGUUAAUCGAUAACCUUUAAAAUGUACCUUUUCUAGAUGUCUAAUAGACAUAUUAAGGGGUGAUUGAGUUAUUAUUUUUGCUCUUGCUUUGUUUUACAUUGCUUAGAGUGUGUCGUGCUUAAACUUCUAUAUCUAAGUUCCAUGGUCAUAGUAUUCCUAACAUUGCUCAUAG